ACCUUGGCCUGCUCAAGACCCACCUGGCUUGAAGAUAUAGCUCCAAGGUAAUUAUGGAUCUGAUCAACUCUACGAACUACCUGAUCAACAGCACUCACUCUAUAGCUCCUGCGUCAAAAAUGAUCACUGCCCUUGCUUUGUUCUUGGCAUUUAUAAUCGGCACUAUCACCAAUGGCCUCUAUCUGUGGGUGCUAAAAUUCAAGAUGAAACAGACUGUCAAUACUCUCUUAUUUUUUCAUCUCAUCCUCUCAUAUUUUAUCUCAACACUGAUUCUGCCAUUUAUGGCCACUACCUAUCUUCAGGACAACGACUGGAUCUUUGGAACUGUCUUGUGCAAGGUCUUCAAUAGCACCUUGUCUCUGGGGAUGUUCGCCUCUGUUUUCCUCCUCUCAGCCAUCAGUCUUGAUCGAUAUCUUUUCACUCUUCACCCGGUAUGGUCCCAGCAGCACCGAACCCCACGCUCGGCUUCCAGUAUUGUCCUGGGAGUCUGGAUCUCUGCCACUGCCCUCAGCAUCCCUUAUUUGGUUUUCAGGGAAACACAUCAUGACCAUAAAGGAAAGGUGACUUGCCGAAAUAACUACGCUGUGUCUACUAACUGGGCAAGCAAGGAGAUGCAAACAGUAAGGCAGUGGAUGCAUGUGGCCUGUUUCAUCAGCCGCUUCUUGCUGGGCUUCCUUCUGCCUUUCUUCAUCAUCGUCUUUUGUUAUGAGAGAGUAGCCAGCAAGAUGAAAGAGCGGAGCCUGUUUAAAUCCAGCAAGCCCUUCAAAGUCAUGAUAACUGCCAUUAUCUCUUUCUUUGUGUGUUGGAUGCCCUACCAUGUGUACCAAGGUUUAAUUCUCACUAAGAACCAGUCACUAUUUUUAGAGUUGACUGUGAUACUUACAGCACUAACCACAUCUUUCAAUACUGUUUUUUCUCCCACACUCUACUUAUUUAUUGGGGAGAACUUCAAAAAGAUUUUCAAGAAGUCCAUUCUUGCUCUGUUUGAGUCAACGUUUAGUGAGGAUUCUUUUGCAGAAAAGACACAAAGCCUCGAUUCGGGAGCCUAA